UCAGAACUCGUUCCCUUCGGACAACACACUUCUCCUGCGCCGCUGUGUCGCGAUAUCCGAAACUUGCGGCACCUCGGAUUCUCCAGAGAGCCUCAGCAGCAGCAGGUCCGAAUUUCUCCUGAAAACAUUUCGGAGCACAGUCGAAAAAGGAAUUCGAGCCGUCUUUGUCUGAAGUUCUUGGUGUUUGAAGAAUCGACUUUUUGCGUCGUUGGUUUCAAAUUGUGGGAUUUUCGAGCGUAAAUGUGAAGAAACUGCUAGCACAAGCCAAUUGACCUAGUGAAAAGUUGAGAGAAUCGUAGUACAUGAUAGCCGCAGUCGACACGACGCGAUUGAUUAGUGAAUACAUUUGCGUAUGUGAUUGACCAAGUCUAGUGCCAGAGUUGUUCCAGUUUGCUGCUGUGUAUGCAAAAGAGUGUGUGUACCCCGUUACGUAAGUGUGACUCGUCCUCAACUAAAGGAACGUGAGGAACAGUGCAAAAAAAAACGAACAGCCGCAGACAACUACGACAGGUCAAGAAACAGUACCCACAGUAGAAGAAGCAACAACAAAAAAUCGAAGAAGACAAGCGAAAAUUAUCUGUGGAGCGAACGAGACUUCGAACAAAAAAAAAAGCAGAAUGAGCAAUAAAGUCGAGAUAACCGGCGGCGACAAGAUGGACGAGGAAAUUAUGGCCGACUUUAGCCAGCGGUUCAACGAGAUGCGCCUGCGGAGUCACCUGGUCGAUUGCACCUUCAAAGUGAACGGCGGGGACAAGCUGUACAACUGCCACAAGCUGAUCCUGGCCGCCGCCAGUCCGGUGUUUGAGGCCAUGUUCUACGGGGCACUGGCCGAAAAGCAGACGGUCAAGAUUGCCGACAUUCGGCCGUGCGUGUUCGAGCGGAUGCUGGACUUUAUCUACGUGGGGACGGUGGACUUUGACGCGAUUGCCAACAUUGAGGAAACGCUUGAGCUGUACUAUUGCGCCCAGAAGUACAUGAUCGACAGUUUACACAAGCAGUGCGUCAAUUACUUUGGCAACAACAUCAAGCCGAACAACGUGCUGAAGAUUCUGGACAUCGCUUACAGUAUGAAUCUGGAGGACAUUAUCUUCUCGUGUUUGUGCGUGCUGAAGCACUUUCUCUCGUCCGGCAUGAGUCUCAGCAAUAUCAUCCUGGAGAGUAGCCAUCACUUGUCCAAAAGCUGCGUUGAUUUAAUCCUCGAAGACAACUACGAAGUGAAAGACAACAUAAUCUGCAUGAUUCGUGCCUGGUGCAUCACCGAGUGCGAGCAGAAUCGUCUCGAAAUGUGCAGCGACAGUUUGAAGACCGUCCUCCAAGACAUCGAGCUCCCAGAUAAGCUCAAAGACACCAUCGUAGACUGCAGCUUCACCAGCUUCCAGCCGAUCACCACCGGCGAUAAGUACAGCUGGACGCCGAUCCAGCGAAUCCACUACAAAGCCGUCCGGCCUCUCAUCAUCGGUGAUGAGAUGAGCUUCGAGGCGAGUCUCACCUGCAAUCGCUUCAUCGUACUCAAAUCCCUCUCGGCCAACACCCGGCUAACGCCCCAACUACUCACCCUAGAUCUUCAGCGUCGCGACACCUACACCGAAAACGUUACCGUUGAGAUUUGCUCCAAGUUCAACAACAAGGUCGAAACGAUCUAUCAGGAGCAGCACCUGAUCUGUGAUGUACCCUUCAACACCAGCAUGGAAGUCAAGCUGGAGCAUCAAAUUGUCCUCUUUCCGGACAUUGCCUACCUGGUGCGCAUCAAGUGGGGACCGGAAAGCCUCGGCUACGAGUACCCGCGCAGUAUUCUGUCGUCGUACGGCAAGAGCAAAAACUUCCGGGUCAAUUUUAGCGAGAACAUCUAUCUCGAAACCGAUGGUAGCAUUUUGAACGGAAUCGUUUGCGAUCUGUACAAGUGAGGAGGGCUUUCAAAUUCUAGCUAGAAGACGAACGCGGGGUGAUGUUUCCGAUCAUCCUGAUAAACUAUUCUUAAACUACACUAUACUGAGAUAUUCGUUCAUCCUAUGAUUAAAACUUUUAAAGUGAAUGCUAACUAUAGAUAUCAAUUCUAAUAAAUUUCAAAUUACCUGUAUCAGAUAAUUGACUAAACACAUGCUGUGCAGAUGUGAAAUAAACUCUAUGAAAAGUU